AUGACUUUAGGAUUUGUAAUAACCUUGGUAGAGAGUAUACCUGACAACCUGACCUAUCCUGCAGGGUCCCCCUCCCACCCGUCAACAUACUCCGCUCUCAUAGACCUCAUGAAAAUGGCCACUUCACAGAUAGAAAUUGCCUCCUACUAUUGGACUCUCAAUGGAUCAGAUAUCGGAUACCACGAUGACUCAAGCUGGCAGGGGGAGAGUGUUCUGAGCACUUUGAUGGCCGCAGGCCGUGACAGAAAACUGAAGAUAAAGAUUGCCCAGAACAAACCAGAUGGUGGUUAUUAUAACAACACUCGCGACCUUGCCAAAUAUGCUGGAGCCGAAGUGAGGACUCUUGACUUUGAUAGUCUGAUGGGAAACGGCAUCAUACACACGAAGAUGUGGCUGAUUGAUCGUAAACAUUUUUACGUAGGAAGUGCUAACUUGGACUGGAGGUCACUAACCCAAGUAAAGGAGAUGGGAGCCUUAAUCUCUAACUGUCCUUGUAUGGCAAGGGACAUGGGGAAAUUAUUUGAUGUUUAUUGGGAUUUAGGACUUCCAGGAGCAAAGGUCCCUGCCCAGUGGCCGAUAUCUUACGACACAAACAUUAACAAUAACCACUCAAUGGACAUCACCUUCAAUGAUUCAAAAGUGGCUGCCACCACUUACAUCUCUAGUUCACCACCUCCAUUUUGCCCUGUUGGAAGGACCAUUGAUGUUAAUGCCAUUGUGGAUAUCAUCAAUAUGGCAGAGCAAUUUGUUUAUGUUGCAGUCAUGGACUAUUUCCCUACAACACAGUUCACUAACCCACGAGUUUACUGGCCAGUAAUAGAUGAUGCAUUUCGCCGAGCAGCCUUUAAUCGCAAGGUCAAAGUUCACCUAUUGAUUAGCUAUUGGCAACACACCUGGAAUGACAUGAAGAUCUAUUUGAGUUCUCUCAAUGACCUGCAGUUUAAAUGUUAUCCCGAAAUAGACAUAACUGUGAAAAUUUUUGAAGUGCCAGCUUUCACCGAUUCUCAGAGGAAGAUUCCUUAUGGACGUGUCAACCACAACAAAUACAUGGUCACUGAUAAAACAGCAUACAUAGGGACAUCUAACUGGUCUGGUGAUUACUUCAUCAACACUGGGGGUAUAGGCCUGGUAAUAAAUCAAUACAGAUCUGGUACCUCUUCAACUGAGGGGGAUGUGCGACAACAGCUGGAGGAUGUAUUUCUACGGGACUGGAACUCUAAGUAUUCAUGGGACUUGAACACAUUCAAUUUUACCUCUGUAGACAGACAUACAGAACUCUGAUUGGACAUGAUGUUGAUGCUAUUUACAGGCAUAUGCUCAAUGCUCUGGAAAAUAUAACUAGUGGGUAAUGUUCAGACUUUCAAUGACAUUGAAGUACUUGGUGCCUUAUUCACAACAUCAUCCAACUGAAUGGUUUUCAUCUGUAAGCAAUUCAGGGUUGUGUGCUUUGAGAUUAUGUUAAUUUUGCUAAUUUACUAUAAAAAUCAUCAUUGUAAUUGUACCCUGACAUGGAAGGAACAAUCGUGACAUGUAUAGUCCAUUCCUUGCCAUAAAGUCUAUAUAUAGCAUGCUGUAGUUAUUUAUAGUGUGUAGUUUUUAUGCUGUAGUAAGUGCCAAUUGUCUACAUUAUUAUUUAUAGUGAUUACUUAUUUUACCUGUAUGAUUUACCCGAAAUGACCUUAGAUUUAGACGUUUAUAGGAUGUAAAACCAAAUGCUAUAUAAUUUUAUAUAUUUGUAUACCUCAUUAUCAUUUUCAUGUAUCUUUUGCUCAUAUUUUUUCACAUUCCACCUUAAAUGUAUUUGU